AUGUCAGGCUUCCCGAACGCACAGCCUUCGUCGUACAAUCCGUCGAUUGCUGCAGCUUUCGGGCCAGAACCCAAUCGCAUACCGUUCUUGAACACGCAGUCUACUCCAGUAGAUCGGAGCGCCUAUCUGCCACCAGCUUUCUCCGAGGACGACGACGAAGACGAAAAGGCCGUGCCUUACUUCUCACCGGCCAAAUCAGUACCCGCGACAACCGAUCAGGACAAGAUGCGUGUCACACGCUCUUCUGCGGGAGGAGGGGCCCCCAGCUCCCCACAAGAGGAAAUCAGCGCAGGUGAAGGUAGCAAUUCUGGUAGGCGUGUGCCUCCAAUCAGGUUCCGCAAACUGCGCGCCGACAAUGACGAACCGGGCGAGCGUCCUGCAAGGCGUUCUACUCGAGCAUACAACCACAAUGACGAGGAUGAGUAUGACGCUAAUGGAGAUGAAGAUGCUGAAGGAGAAGAAGAUGAGGAAGAACACGAAGAAGAAGAAGAAGCAGAAGCAGAAGAGAGCAAGACUGUGCGCUUGACGCGCAGUGGCCGGCCUACGAAGAGCUACGCUGAGUACGAAGAUGAUGAAGAGAGUGAUGGUCCCAUCAAGCCGCGAGGUCGAGGCACCCGCAGCAGCGGGCGGCCGACCAGAACGAGCGCCGUCAUGCAGGAUUUCGUAGUCGAUGACGAGGAUGAGGACCCGGAGACAGACUAUGGUGGAGCUAAGGGCAAGGGUCGAAAGCUACGUGGGGCCAGCAGCGGCAGCCGCGUCGCCGCCCUUGCGAAAAGGCGCAAAACGACAAGACGCGGAAGCGCAGAGUCGGCGCCUGCAAUCGAGACUGAUGAGGAUGGCGAAGAAGGCCACGAUCAGGAUGGCACCGAUGCGGAUCUUCCACCCAGUCAGCGCAAUUAUCGUCUCCGACAGCGCAAGGAAGUCAAUUACUCGCUUGCUGCACCUCCGCCAUCGCCUCCGCGAGACGGAUUUGGCCGCAUUGUGCGAGGGCCCCGAGGCUCGAAGAGUGGGGGUGUCAGUGGUGGAGCUUUCGAGAUCGAAGGCCUUGGCAACGGCACGAUGAGGGGAAGGAACGGAAAGACUGGCUGGGACGCUCUUCCGCACUCGAUGUCCGGCAAGGAUUACGCAAGGGCGUUCGGCGAGGAGCCCGACACGUCCGACGACGACAUUCCAGCUGCCCGCAAGGCGGGCGGCGCACUUGGCAGCAGCGCAGCUGGAGGCGGCUUGCUGGGGGCCGGCGGUGUUGGCGCUGGCAGUGCUGCGGCCGUCAUGGGAGGCCCUGGCGGAGCUUUAGGCGCGAACCGCGAUGCUGUCGGAAGGAUGAAGGGCGGUGCCGAGCUUGCCGAUGCGGAUCCGCUGGGCGUAGACAUGAAAGUCGACUUCAACGCCGUUGGCGGUCUCGAUGCACACGUGCAGCAACUUAAGGAGAUGGUGUCCUUGCCGCUCCUGUACCCUGAGGUGUUCCAGCGCUUCAAGGUAACGCCGCCACGAGGGGUCCUUUUUCACGGCCCGCCAGGCACCGGUAAGACCCUCGUCGCUCGAGCGUUGGCGGCCAGCUGCAGCAGCUCCGGUCAGCCUAUCUCAUUCUUCAUGCGGAAAGGUGCGGAUUGCCUGAGCAAGUGGGUGGGAGAAGCAGAGCGGCAACUUCGCUUGCUGUUUGAGGAGGCACGGGCCUCUCAGCCUAGCAUCAUCUUUUUCGACGAAAUCGAUGGGCUUGCGCCAGUGCGCAGCAGCAAGCAAGAUCAGAUUCAUGCGUCUAUCGUCUCAACGCUACUGGCAUUAAUGGAUGGUAUGGACGGCAGAGGCCAAGUCGUCGUGAUCGGAGCCACCAAUAGACCUGAUUCCGUUGACCCAGCGCUACGCCGUCCCGGCCGUUUCGACCGCGAAUUUUACUUCGGCCUGCCAAAUAGAGAAGCAAGGCGCGCGAUAAUCGACAUUCACACCAAGGAAUGGAACCCACCCUUGGACACCGCAUUCAAGGACCGCUUGGCCGAAGUCACCAAAGGGUACGGUGGUGCUGACCUCCGGGCUUUGUGUACCGAAGCUGCGCUCAAUGCUAUUCAGCGCCGUUAUCCUCAGAUCUACCAGACCACUGAACGACUUCUCCUUGAUCCACAAACAAUACACGUCGAUGCCAAGGACUUUAUGAUGAGCGUUAAUAAAAUCGUGCCCUCUUCAGCUAGGUCAGCUUCAUCUGCAGCUCAGCCUCUGCCCGAACAUCUCAAGCCUCUGCUGGAGCACACAGUCCAGCGAGCUGUGCGUGCUCUUCAGAAGGUCCUGCCACCGGCUGCGAAGCGCAAUCCGCUGGAAGAGGCGCUUUGGGAGGACGACGUGCAGUCUGGUUCGAGUGUUCCAGACGGAGGCUUCGGCCGGGAGAUGCUCUUGCAAUCCUUUGAGGCUAUGCGUGUCUUCCGUCCCCGUCUGCUCAUUCACGGUCAGAAUGGUAUGGGACAGGGAAUCACCGGCGCUGCUCUUCUGCAUCAUCUCGAGGGCUAUCACGUCCAAUCUCUGGAUAUCGCUUCUUUGUUAGGCGACUCUGCCAGGACGCCAGAGGCAGCCAUCGUCCAGCUUUUCGUGGAAGCUAAACGCCACAAGCCGUCUGUGAUCUUCAUUCCGGGUCUGGCGCAAUGGGCUACGUCUAGCUCUGAUUCUGUCCGCUCAACAGUCAAAGCGCUGCUCGAUGGCCUCUCCCCUGCCGAUCCAGUGCUCUUGCUCGCAGUCGCAGAAGAGCCAGUGGAGCUGCUCCCUCGCGACGUGCGCUCCUGGUUCGGUUAUCUCGACGACAACAAGGUUCAGAUAGAAGCGCCAGGUGUCGAAGCUCGCAGGAUGUACUUCAACGAUGUAUUCGAGCAUGCUAUGCGACCUCCGAACGAAUUUCCAGACGCGUUGCCUCGCCGCAAGAGGCAGCUCGAAAAACUUCCGAUUGCUCCGCCACGCAAGCCCCGGGAACUUACCGUUGCUGAGCUUGAGCAGCAGAAGGCAGACGAUCAAAGAUUGCUGGAGCAUCUCAAGCAUCGCCUGGGUCUGGUCCUUGUGGACUUGCGCAAGAAGCACAAGAGAUUCACGAGAGAUGUCUGGGACGAGUACAAUCUAAGAGCGCUCACGGAGCAAUUCGACUACCGCAAAGAGAAAGGAAAGGUGAUCGUCACGAUCUUGUACGAUGAGACAUCCAUCAGCACUCGCCGCAGACGUCGUUCAAGCGUCGACGUGACCGGUGCCGAGCGAUUUGGGGAGGCUGCAAAGGAUCUCGCAAGAGGCGACGAAAUGCAGCAGGAUUCUGACCCCGUCGUUUCGACUUCACAUGCGGAGAUUGCGGCCAAGCCACUGACAAAUGGAGACGUGUCCAUGUCUGACGUCAACACAGCGCCUGAGCAGGCAGCAAUGCAAGCAUCCGGCGCAGUCCAAGUCACUGCGGGUGAAGCCAACGGGACGGUCCUCACUAAUGGUCACGCUCCUGAAGAAGCGAAACACAGGGGUCAUGACCUAAAUGUGCCCGGUCUCCCAGGCCUUCGACACUCCUCUCAACCCGGCUACUACGAGCGUGAUCUUGUCUUGUGGACUUUGACGCUCGAAAAGAUGCAAAAGCGGCUUUACCACAACGGCUACUUGACAGUAGACCAAUUCGUAGAAGAUCUCGGCAAGAUUGUCUGGAAUGCAGAAAUGGCUCAGGAAGUGGAUCAAGAGCGACUCGUGCGAGCACACCAGUGCCGCAAUGAAGCUAUCAUUCGCCUGGACGCCAUUAUUGAGCCUGCAUUCAAGGCGGAAGUGGAAGGUAUGGCGGCCAGAACUCUCAAGCGAGAGCAAGAAGAGGCAAAGCAGACGGCCAAAGCAGCCGCGACGGCUUCCGACAAUGCAGCAGCAGACGCGCCUCGUCGCCCGUCGGGCGAGCGAUCCAGCGCGCGCCAGCAAGGCAAAGCUCCCGAAAUCAGACUGGUCGAUGUCCUCGCCUUGGAACGUGAUGGCAAGCGUUCGCGUCGCAGUUCCAGUCGGGUACCGAGUGGUGCGGGAGACGAAGCUGCACGAAAGCGCCUCAAGCAGGAAGCUGACGAGCAGCUGGCCGGGCAGGGCUACCCGAGAGCGCCCGCGUCGCAAGCGAGCAGCGAUGCACCCAUCGUUCAGUCCACUCUGGUUGCUGCCGGCGGAGCGCAAGCGCAGCAAGUUUUGGGAUUUGACGGGCGCCCUGUGCCCACUACGCACGCAAGUAUUAGCAGCAGCAUCUCCUCACCAGGCCCUUCCUCAGGUAUAGCCACACCGACUCGCACACAGGCAUUGCCCAGCGCGCCCGCCACUGGCGAAGCGCAGCAUCUGAGCGACGCGUUGACGAUUCUUGAAGCGCCAACUCCUCAGCCUGCGCCAGUCGCCCAUCCGCCUUUCAAGAUCUCGCAUCACGAUAUGAGCAACCUUGCGGGUCAAGUGCUGGCCUUGACGCACGACUUUACGAUAGAGCAGCUCGAGCAGCUUCGCGCAGCGUGCUUUGACGCUGUAUGGCGACAUCGCUCGGAGUGGGAAAGGUCCACGUUGGUGCAAGAGCUGAGAAACCUCGUACAGCAGAUUGCUGCUGCCGUGGCUAUUGACAAGAAGGAACGUCAACUGGAGGCUGCUGCGCUGCAAGCAUUGUGA